CUAUUUUAAUACAAUUACUAAAAAAAUUAUUAAUCAUUUAACAGAAAUAUUAUACUCCCUUUUAAGGGCAUAUCAAAAUCUAAUUACAUAUACAUAAAAUCAACGAUAAAAGUUAAAAGCCUAAUAUUGCAACACGUCAAAAACAAAUCACAACUCCCUGUAUUGCAAUCUAUAAAUUAUUUUAAUUAAAAAUAAACAUAUCAUAUUUUAUAUUUUAUUAAAAAACAGUACUUUGUCUUUCGUAUUUGAUUAAAGAACAAAAAGAGUCAAUAAUAAUCAUGUUUAAAGUUUUUACUUUAAUUUUUUAAAAAUUAAAUAUUAUUUAAUUAAUUAAUUUUUAAAGCAGAUUUGAAAACAAAUUACAUUAGGAAAAUAAAAAAUCUUCAAAAUCUUAAUAUUGAAAUAGAGAAAAUAAUAAUAUGUUUCAACAAAUCAUGUAUACCAAAACUGUUUGAUAAACUCAUAAAAAAAUUAGUAACAAUGUGUUACUACUAAAUAUGGAAAAUAUUUACAUUUUUGGGGGUAAAAUAGACCGGUAAAAUAGACCGGAUAUACAUACGUAUACAGUAUACACAUAUUAUAAACAGAUAUUCCAACUUUGCCAAUUGCCCACUAUAUAAUUAGAGGCAGGCACAAAGGCAAAAGGAUCAAAGUCAUUAAAAAAUUGCUUCAUAAACAUACUAAUGGAUAAUGAGGGUACAUAAUCACCGGCUGAGAUUCGAAGUCACACCCAAGCCAACAAUGAGUUUGCCCGGAAUUUCUUUUAUCACGGCGAGAUCCGUCGCAGUUAUUCUCUUUCUCUGUCUGUUUCUUCUGAUUCUGCCACCGUUCCUUCCGCCGCUUCCACCGCCUCCAUCGACGCUCCUCCUUCUCCCUCUUCUGCUCAUGAUUCUCCUCAUUUUCUUGGCUUUUUCUCCUUCUAAUGACCCUAGCCUCACCGUGGAAGUAGAACCUCUCGACCCCUGAUGAGUGAUGUUCGCCGACUUCAGCACCGACCGUACAUUUAUAUAUGCAUUAAACAAUUAUGUAUAAGUGUGUCUAGAUAUGCAUGUGUAAGAAGCAGAUUAAGAGCUUUUAGUUUCGUGCAAGUAAGAUCAUCUCAUGUGACUGAUAGAUCUCCGAGUUUAUUUUGAAUGAUUUCGUAUAAAUUUAGUUACCUUUCUUUGAUUUUUUUUCUUUCCUUCUUUUUUUUUUUUUUUUUUUAUUUCUUAUUUUGUAGAAGAAUAUAAUGUUUAUCAGCGCGACAACACGACUUGUAUAAGAAUAUUUUUUUUAAAUUAAAUAGAAGCCUUCUUGUUAUAGUUGUAUGUAAUUUUUCUUCUUAACCUAUACUGAAGACUUUCUCCGCAAAUUAAAAUAUUGACAUUUUAGACGAUAUAACGGUAUAUUUUAAAUCAAAAAUUAACCAAACCGAAAUUGGUGAAUCAUUGCCGUUAAAAGUACCAUUUUUUCUUUUUGACAACUGAUAGUUUAUUAGUGACAAAAAAAAAAAAAAAGACAACUGGUAGUUUAUUAAACAAGAGCAAAGAUAACAAAAACAUUCAUAAUGAAAACUAUUUAUUAUUAUUAUUAUACUUGUUUAUUAUUAAUACAUUUACCAUCUCUAUCUGCUUGUUUAUCUAAUAAUUUUGUUUGUAAAACAAUAAUUAUCUUUAGGUGGGUUUAGUGUGGAGCGGAGCCCACAUAUGUUAAUCACAACUAUCACGCACUGGAAAACUAGGGAAUCGUCCUUUGAUGUCCGGGAGACAGAGUCAAACGACGGAUGUGCCAUCUGUUCAUUAGUCCUUGACACACAAUUAGAUUCUUAGAAUAUGGUCAAAAUUGAUUUCGGAUUUUAAUUUGUAACACGCAUGCUCUUCCUCUUGUUUUACCAAAUUGGUUUAUUUAGUUGAUUAGACUAUCUCCAAUAGUCCCUCAUUCUGAGGAACAUCAGAGAAUAAGGGAAACUUUUUUCCAGUAGUACAUUAUUUUGUGUUUAGCCUUUUAAUUUUUAUAUAAUUUUGUUUUAUAUCUUAAAAACUCAAGAUUUGUUUUAUAGUUUAACAAAAUUAUUAAUACUUUCAUAUAAUAAUUAUAAGUUUAAAUAAACCCUUGUAUCUUUUUUUUUUAGAAUUUGUAGUAAAGAUUUUGGGUAAAAUUUGUAAGUUAUAUAAAAUAAUAACCAUUAUUUAGAAUUAAUAAUAAAUAUUAAAAACAUAAUAUAUUUGAAAUUAUUUUUUAGGAGAAAAAAGAAGAGAACCAUUGGAGCAAAAUGUAAACUUUUUUUGAAUUUAUCUCAUUUUGGAUUUAAACCCGUAAACCCUCUAAAAUUGGAUACCAUAAUUUUUAAUUUUACCUCAAAUUUAUACAAUUUUCAUAUUUACUUUUAUAACAUAAUUAUAAGUUUAAAUAAACCUUUGUAUCUUUUUUAUAAUUUGUAGUAAAGAUUUGGGGUAAAAUUUGUAAGUUAUAUAAAAUAAUAACCAUUAUUUAUAAUUAAUAAUAAAUAAUAAAAACAUAAAAAAAAUUGAAAUUAUAUUUUUUUGAAGAAAAAAAUAAGGAGAACCAUUAGAGAAAAAUGUAAAUUUAUUUUGAAUUUAUUUCACUUUGAGAAAAAAAAUGAAGGUAACCAUUGGAGAUGACAUUAGUGCUUUGAUUUCUCUCAUGAAAAAUAUCUCGUUUCUUUUUUCAUUUUUUCACAAAUAAUAUUUAUAUUUACAAUGCAAAUGUUUAAACCAAAUUACAGAUUUAACUUUACUAGUUUAGAUUAUUACUUUUGACAGAUAACAUAUGGUAAAAUUUUAUUUGAAUAAUAGUUUUGAUUGUGUCAGAAGAGGAUGGGAGAAUUCAAACCUUCUUUUUAAUAUUAAUUACAAGGUUCUGGAUCAAAACCCGUAUUUCCUCUAAAAUUGAAUACCUUAAAUUUUAAUUUUAUCUCAAAUGUUAUACUAUUUUCAAAUAAUAAUAAUUUUCGUAAAUAUUUUAAAUUAGUAUAGAAAAAAAAUUCUUAUAAAUAAUUUAUAUUUUCAAAUUAUCUACCUCAUAAAUACUAAACCCUAAACAAAAAUCACUAAACCUAAAUCCUAAACAAUAAUCACUAAACCUAAAUCCAAAUGUUAAAAAAAUUUGUUAAAUGUAUUUUUGAAAAUAGUAUUUAACUUAGUGUAUUUUAAACAAUUGAUUAAAAAUGAUAUCAGAGAAACUAUAUUUUUAUAAUUUUCGAAAAUUAUAAAACAAUGAUUGGUCAAGUAGUAUACUACUUUAGAUAAUAUUUUCUUUGAAGAUCAAUGUUCUAAAAAUUGUUUCAUAAGAAAUGUUCUAUGUAUUUUAUUAAACAUUAGUGGUAAAUUAUAAAUUUAUAACACUAAUUGUGUUUAUUAAAUUUUGGCUUAAUAUAAUAAAAAUAGGUAUAACAAAAAUAUUAUAUUUAUGAUCAAAUUUAAUAUUUUUAGUAUAUGCAGAAACACCAAAAUAUACAUUUUAGUGCUAUUGAUAUAUUAAAUUUAAAAAUAGUUUACGAUAAGACAUUAGGAACGACGAUACAAAUCCUUACACAUAUUUAUUGUUUUUUUAAAAUGAUUAAACAAACAUCUAUAAACAUAUACAAAAAAUGUUAUUUAGAAAAGAAAAUUAAAUGUUAUACAUUGAUAAAAAAAAGAUGAAUGCAUCUAUGAGAAAAGCGAUGAACAACAAAUAAACGAGCCAAGCUAACAAUGUUAUUUUUUGCCGGCUAAAAUUUAUGUACUUAUCAGCGAUAACAAAGCGUUUAAAAAAAUUCAUGAUAACAAUAAAAAAAGUUCAGUUAAGUUUGAGUUGUGAUUAAAUUCCUAGCUAGAACAUCAACACAAGUGUUAAUUGAACGGAUAAUAUGAAAAAGAAAAAUACUAGAUUGCCAUUUCGUAAUAAUUUUAAUGAUUGAGAUGUUUUCUUAGUGUUGAAUAGGCCACUAGUUAUUGUAUUAUCUUCUCCAAAACCUUUUUUUGUAACCCAAAGAUGACCAUAACUGCAUUAUCCACAUCAAAAAUAAACAUUUUGAUUGUUCCAAAUAAUGUAGUCUUUCUAUUUAAAAGCAUUACUAGACUAUUAUCCGCGCUAGACGCGGCUUUAUUUUUAUUUUAUUUUAAAAAAUAUUUAACUUUAUUAUUUUAUAAAGAUGUAUUUGUCUAUUUUUUUCUUCACCAGAGUCUCACAUUAUCCAUAUAACAAAUUUGGUUAUAUAAUCUAAUUUUGUGAUAAAAUAUUGAUGUUUUUAGAAAAUAAAAUCUUAAUUUUUGAAAAUUUUGUUACUAAAUUUUCUAACAAAUUCGAGUUUUUAAAUAUCCUACUUUUAUUAUUAUUUGAUUUAUUAUUUAGAUUUUGCAUAAGGAAGUUUUGAAUUUUUUUGAAAAAGGAUAAGAAAGUUUUGAUUUAUUAAAUAUAUUGCCGGAUUUGGAAGCCAGAUUUGUGUAAAUAUAUGUGAUAAAUAUUUUAAACUUCUUCAUAACUUGAUUUAUUGUUUAGAUUUUGUAUAGUUUUUUAUUUAUUAAAUAUGUUCAAUAUCAAUAUCAUGAGAAGUUGAUUGUAUCUAAAAUAACAUUCUUUGGUUAGUAUACGUUUACUGUCAUUGUCAUCACGAGAAUGGUUCCAUUUGAACCAUCACAUAUUUUUGAUAUUGAAUUAUAGUGCUGAUUUAGUGUCAGUUUAGACCAACAUUAAACGGUUAAUGGGUUAUGCACCAUUGUGCAAGAAACAGGGUAGAGAAAUGAUAAUUUGCUUCCGGUAUGUAUUCUCUCAAUAAAAGUCAUGUAUGUUUAGAAUUUAACGUUUCUGUUUAUCUUACACAUAUGCAUUGUUGUAGCAAAGAAUAAUAUAAGGCGUUAAUAGGUCCAAAACUUAAAUGUCUAAUGAAAUUUGAAUAGGUCCAAAAUUUAAAUGACAAUUAUUUUAUGUAGAUAAAAAGUAGGACUCUAAAUUAAUAGAUUGGAUAUCACAUUUUAACCAUCCAUUUAGUACAGAACCUACAAUAUUAAAGUAUGGUACUAUUUUCUUGAAUUUUAUUGAGAAUUUGCAUCCAUUUGUUGAACCUUUAAGACCCUUUUUAUAUAAAUUUCAAAAUUAUCUUGUUUUUAUUGGUUCAUGUUUUGUUCAAACCAAAGCGCCAAACUGAGAAACAUAAGUAAUCAUCAAACAACAUCAUUCCAUUAAAAAGUAGCUUCAAAAAUUCGUUCAAUGCUAAAGUUUUAGAAGAAAAUAGUUUUUUUUUCUCAAAAAACUUUAAAUCAUAUAUGUAAAUAAAAGAGAGUAAAAUAUAUAUUACCGGGUGUUGGAGAAAACUGAUAUUAUGCCUAAGACAGAGAAAAUAUACUUUUUAACCUAUGACUAAACAUAACUAUGAAAAAAAUAUAAAACGAUGUACUAUAAUUCUAUAAACUACUUUGUCACUCAAAUAUUUAAUAAAUUUUGACGUAAAAAGCCUUAGCUUGUUGGUAAUUAGGUUAAGACUUGAUUUGUAUAUCAAGAUAUCUCAAUCUAAAGAUAUCUGAUAUAAUACAAACGAAUUGUAACAUGUAUCAUCAAAACCCUAAUUCACAAUGUUAUACAAUAAACGUAAUUUUAACGUUUAGUGAAUAUCGGCAUUCGAAUACCUAAAAUUUUUGCAUUAUAAUUAUUUUAAUUUAAAAAAUGUUUUUGUCCGAUCCAAUCUUAAUUAUUAUUGAUCAUUUUACGGAUUAUGUCGGUGCCGUUUUAAAUCGAAUCUCAAUUUAAAUUUUCUUUUAUUGAAAAGUUAGAUUCGUUAAAUUGUUGGUUUUCGAUUGUAACCGUUUAAAUGCUUUGUCGGCGCCGCUCUAAAUCAAAUCCCAAUUUAUAACUUCUUUAUUGACAUGGAAGGUUCGUUAAAUGUGGUUUUCGAUCUCAUUUCCAUAAUUUUUGGUUGUCGUAUCCAAAAUAUAUAACGACAAAAUUUUAAACAUUAAUAAAUAUAAUCAACAUUCGUUGUAGAACGGAUUAAGAAUAUAUAUUUACGGAUAUAAAGCAACAUGUCGACAAGAAAAUUGGAAAAUUAUUUUAAGAAAAUAUAAUAAAAUUAUAAUUUCUAAAACACAACCUUGUAGAGAAACUGUAAGUAAAUCAACACUCUUCCAAUUUUGUUUUUGAAACAUUUUUGAAACACUCUCUCAGUUUUAUUAUAUAAAAUUUUCUAGCUAAUAUUGCAGAGUUUAAACAUAUAAAAUUAUGUUUUAUUAUUCUAAAACUAGAAAAAACCAUUUGAUAUUUAAUGAAAUAAUUAAAUAAUAAAAAUACUAUAGAAUACAAAUAAUCACCAAAAAUAAUUAUUUAUAGAAUAAUAUAAUCUUAAAAUAAGAUCUGUAUAAUAAAGGAAAUACAUCUUAUUGAAAAUUAAGUUUUUUGAAUUAAGGAAAUAACUUCCUACAGAAUGUGUAUACUUUGAAUGGAACUUUAUUAAAAUGCCAAUUUACUAAACAAAAUUUAUUAACAAUAGGAAAAUUGAUUGAUUCCCUUUCAUUUUUACUAAAAUGUGGCAAAUUUUAAACGACAUUUAUAUAAAUAUGGAGAUAAUUUUUUCCUUAACAAGAAGAGAAUAUUGUGUUUUAACAAAAUCAAGAAAACAUCACGUUAUUUACACAGACAAUAUUUUCACGUGUAUAUGGAAUGUUUACAAGAUAUCAAUUUAAAAGAUAAUGAUAUAAAAAUGUAUUUACAAGUCACUGAUAAACCAAAUCUAGUAAUUUAAUGGUAAUUUUGGGUGAUAUCUUCGUGUCAAAGAUCCCAUAAGUGAAAUUUAAAACAAAAUCAAGUUGGUUGAAAUUUUGAUGAAAAAUAAGUAAAUGAAAAAGAAAGAAUAAGGAUAGUUUUGUCAUUGGGUGGAUACUGAAUUGGCAAAUGGUGAUACUCACUGCAUGAGCUUCACCUGUAAGCCGUAACGUCUUUCUCUCUCACACACAUAAAAAGAAAAACGUAUAAAACAUUUUUUUCUUUCUUAACAUAACAUUAUAUAUACACACACACAUCUAUGUGCAGGAACAUUGAAGAAAACUUGAAAGCCUUUGAAAGAACUAGAGAAGUUUCACGUUUUUGUACAAGAAGGAUCAUCGCAAUGUUUAUGCUCGCAGUGGUGAUAGUGAUUUUGGUGGUGCUUCCGGCCGUUCUUCCGCCGCUUCCACCGCCGCCAAUGUUUCUGAUGGGAAUUCCGGUGGUGCUGAUGCUUAUGCUUAUCUACUUAGCCAUCUCUUAUCCACCUCUUGGUUCCUCUACCUGUGCUUCUUCUUCCUGUGACACUAACUCUACUGAUGUAAAGUGAAUGUGAGACAAUGUGUAUCCUAUCCAUAUGACAAAGAUAACAUAAAAUGCGUCAUUAACUAAUAAAUUAUUUCCUGCUCGA